ACUAAAAUGGCGAAACGAUAUUCAGAGCCAGAAGCCCACGUCCACGUUUCAUUUACAUUUUCCGAAAAUGGAAUCGAUGGUAAAUGAUUGUUUAAUAAUGUUUGUUAACAGCGAACGCUCGGUAUCGCUGCAGUAUACCGCGCAGCAGUUAUACUGCUGGCGCUGCUAAAUAUCUUCCUGCAAAUAUACCUAACUUUCCUGUCUACCAUUCCCAUAAGUAAGUGUCUGACGCGCGUAUUCGUAACACUAUGGCGUAACUGACUCAAAAAUUCGAAAAAUACAGUGUUGGGUGCUUUAUAAUUGUGUAUUUUCGUUAUUUCUUCAGGAGUGACGGAAAAAAGUAAAAUUAAAAAGUGGCAAGCAAGUGGUUGUUUUUGGAUUAAGCCUGUUUUUUUUUGGAGUGAUACCUAAAUAAAGAUGGAGAACCGAGAAUUCAAUGGGCACAUUUCACGCAAAUUAGAAAGAAACAGUAGCCAGAUAUGUCCCCAACCCGAGGAAGAACUCCUCCUUGCUGUACUGUCCAAUGACACGUUGAAGAUAGAAAAACUUGUCGGAUCUCAACCCAGUUUGCUACAGCAUCGUUAUGUGGAAAAGGUGGACAACACAAUUUUGUUGGUGGCUUGUUCCGAAAAAGGGGUAAGGGGGGAAACUGUGAAAACAUUGCUAGAUCUCGGUGCCAAUAGAAGGGACAAAACCUCGCAAGAGUGGGAAGCACUGCACUGUGCCGCUGGUAAAGGUGAUUUCAAAACACUGCAGGAAGUUUUGAGGACAGAGCCUGGUAAAAUUAUCAAUGUCCCUGCGGGUGGUUUAAAUGCACUGCAUGUUCUUAUUCGAUACAGUAAAGUCGAUCCAAAAGAUUUAUUUAGAUGUGCAGAAUUGCUUAUCAAUAAAGGAAUAAAUAUUAAUCACGGAGACAAAAACAAUCGAACAGCAUCAUUUUGGGCUAAGAAAAAGGGAAUGAACAAUAUCGAACAGCUGCUUGAAAAUGCACUAAAUACACAAACAAAAGACGAAGAAGAUUUGAGCUCAGAAGAAAUCAAUCAGCUAUCAGUUAAAGACAAACUAAUAAAAUAUUUGAAAGAAAGGAGAGAAGAUGAUCUAUUGAGGAUUGAAGAAAAUAUAGAUGAUGUUGUGGACGAAACUGACUCUGAAUCUACGCUUCUUCAAAUUUGUUGCGAAAAAGGAUUGACUAAGGCUACAAACUAUUUAUUACAGAGGGGAGCAGAUGUAAACAAAAUUACCACAAUAAACCAAAAUAAACCAAUUCGAUUAGCAACAGAAAAUGGCUACAGCAAAAUAGUUAAAAUUUUGUUAGAGAGAGGGGCACGGAUAACCACGGACCUAUUAUGUAUAUGCCUUAAAAAUAUUGACAGCGUUACCCACAACUAUAAGGAUUGUUACGACGAGUUAAUGAAGAAUCUAGUAAAAAAAGAUCCCGACGAACAAUUGUCAAUUCUAAAUGGUAAAGAUCAGUCUUCAUAUAGUCCUUUGCAUUAUGCCGUCAGAUAUGCCGACUCCAAUACCUUAGAGGAACUUUUGAAAUUUGGUGCAUCUCUAGGAUCAAAGAAUAAUUACGGUAUCAUGCCAAUUGAAGAUAUAGAACCUAAGAUAUUAGAAAAACAUUUAGAUAAUUGUGUUAGAUUCGACAAAGAUAAGAAAUCCGAGAAAGAAGACUUCCAAGUUAGGUUCGAUUACCGUUCUCUUAUUCCGCCAUAUUUGAAAAUAUUGAACUGCAGCAGCCGACAAGACGACAAAAUAUUAAUGUUGAAGCAACUGCAAAUCGACCCAGAAGCGUUUGAUUUAAAGAAAGAAUUAGUAAAUGAAACAGAGGUUAUCUAUUUUAUGAGCACUGCAGCUGAGUUUAAGCACCUGUUGAAACACCCCGUCAUAUCCAGCUUUUUGUUUAUGAAAUGGAGACGCAUCCAAUGGUUAUUUUGGGUGAACCUUUGGUUCUACGUCGCUUUUUUGCUUUCUCUAAUUCUCUAUAUUUUUACAGAUUACGCAUAUUACUCUUCAACAGAACCCAUUCCUUCAGUUAAACUUAUUGGUCGCAUCUCUUAUGUUGUAUUAUUCGUAACUUUGUUGAUAUUAGCUUUUAGGGAAAUAUUUCAAAUGGUAAUCGCUACCAAGAACUAUUUUAGAGCCUACGAAAACUAUAUUGAGAUAGUGUUGAUAAUCAUCACAAUAACUAUAGUGUUUUGUGAGUCUUCCUACGACACUAGAAAACAGCUGUCUGCUGUGGCUAUUUUGUUAGCUGCUUUCGAAUUAGUUUUGAUUCUAGGUCAGCAUCCUUAUUUUUCCACCAACGUGGUAAUGCUAAAAACGGUCUCAUUUAAUUUCUUUAAGUUCCUUGGGUGGUACUCCAUACUAAUAAUUGCUUUUGCUUUGAGUUUCUUUCUCUUGUUUACACCUUCUAAUAUAACAGUUCAGGAAGCCAUCAGUGCCGUAGGGAAUACUAAAAACGAAUCUUCUAAAAGCGAUGAAAAAGAAGAAACAUUUUUUGACGACCCAUACAAGUCAGUUUUUAAAACUGUCAUUAUGUUAACUGGAGAAUUUGAUGCUGGUAGCAUAAAUUUCAAUACAUUCCCUGUUACGAGUAAAAUAAUAUUCGCUUUGUUCAUUUUUAUGAUCGCAAUUAUUCUGUUGAAUCUGCUAAAUGGUUUGGCGGUUAGCGAUACUCAAAUGAUUAAAAACGAUGCAGAAUUAGUCGGUUACAUCGCUAGAGCAAAACAUGUAAGGUAUGUGGAAACUAUAUUGCUCGGGAAUAUAGUCCCUGUAAACUUUAUGGAGAAAAUAAGUGACAUAUGUUGUUGUUUGCCGGUUCCGAAAUUUUUCCACUGGAGUAUAUGCCGGUCUUUUGCUGAAUAUGCUUGUCUAUUUCCGAAAUAUUUAAACUACGAAUUAAUACUAUACCCUAAUCGGCGUGGAAAUGUACAAGUAGACACUGGAAGCCAGAGUAAAGGUUACAGAAAAAGUUGCUUUUCCUGCUCGGGAGUAUUUUUGGACAGGGAAACCGUAAGAAGAACUCAAAGCAUCAUUCAGUCUCAAAAAGAGAGAAAUAUCACGGAUAAUAUCGACUUGCUGAUGAAGAAACUGGACAGUAUUUUAAAUAUCAUUGAUCCCAAACGUCAGCUAAUGUAGUAUUAUUUAGAUUCAGUAAGUUUAUAUUUUAACGCUAUAAUUGUAAAUAAAUUUUCUAUAUGUUAAAUA